CAAACUUCCUCAUUUCACAGAAAGCUGCGCUUCUGGUCGCGGGGUGCGCGUCUACCUGAGCGCCUCUCGGUCGGGACGUGCCGUUUCACUUGUUGUUGGUUUCGAUUUGAGGCAGAAAUUCCAAGGAAAUGGGCGACUCCGUCCGCAGCGACUGCACCGAGGACGGCUUGGAGUCUUUAAGUUGGUACCACCAUGACCUGACCAGACACGCCACCGAGGCCCUGCUGCUCACCAACGGGACGGAUGGCAGUUACCUGCUGAGAAAAAGCCAUGAAGGCCCAGACAGCUACGCCUUGUCGGUGAGAGCAAAGGACUCGGUGAAGCAUUUCCACGUCACCCACUCGGGCUUUACCUACACGUUUGGGUUCAACGAGUUCUCCUCCCUUAAGGAUUUCGUCGGCCAUUUUGCCAACCAGCCGCUUAUCGGCAGCGAAACAGGCACCCUCAUUGUUUUAAAAAACCCAUACCCUCGAGAGGUGGAGGAGCCGUCCAUUUACGAGUCGGUCCGAGUCCACACCGCCAUGCAGACCGGCCGCACGGAGGAUGACCUCAUUCCCAGCGCUCCCUCGUUUGGGACAAAGGAAGGAUACCUCAUCAAACAAGGAGCCAUUGUGAAGAGCUGGAAGACCCGCUGGUUCACUCUGAACAGGAAUGAGCUGAAGUACUACAAGGACAAGAUGUUCACUGAGCCGAUCCGCACGUUGGAUUUGACCGAAUGCACAGCUGUCCAGUUUGAUUAUUCUCAGGACAAAACCAACUGCUUCUGCCUGGUGUUUCCUGAAAGGACCUUCUAUUUGUGUGCCAAGACGAGUGUCGAGACGGACGAGUGGAUCAAGAUCCUGCGCUGGAAGCUGUCACAAAUCAAAAAAGGCAUCUGAAGACGACGCUGUGAUUUUGUCAUCAAGAAGCGGGAGAAGAAUAACUGAGACCCCAUUUGAUGGUACCUGAACAGGACAACUCUGCGGCCAACAGCGUCACUGGACUUCUGCAGCUGUCAAGCAACACGACACGUGACGUCACAGGUGGUGACUUCCAGAUGUGCUCACAUCUGCUCGAUGGCCUCAGUCACUGGACCUGGAGAAUGGAAUGGCGCAGGGUACCGAGGGCUUUAACACCCACCCGAGUUUUUUGUUUUUAUUUCCGAUCCCCUGCCGAUAAUUAAAGCUUCAAGCAUUCAGGUGGUUCUCCGCGUCCACGGCCAUGUCCUGAGAUCUUUUACAAAUCUGCGUUCCAAGUCCUCGUACUGCUUCAGCUCAUGCCAGUCAGAGUCCAUCAUCACCAGCUGAUGGCCGAGUCGCUAAUUUGUGACAUUUUGCGGGGUGUCCCUUGUGAGCACUUUGGCUGUAAUGAUGGAAGACCACCCUGGAGCACACCUCGACUAAGCUGCUCUUAGUGCUUUUCCUCUUUUUAUUGUUUACAGUGACUGACCAAUAAAAUAUUGAACUGCA